AUGGCGGACACCGUCCUGAUUGCUCACGGUUAUUAUCCGCCCUCAAUCAAUCUGCCUCAUUAUGUUGCGAACGAAGACUCGGUAAUUUCUUUAAUUGCUCGCUUCGGGGUUUUUUGGGUGGCUGUUUCAGGGGCAGCUGUCUUCUUGAUUUCUCGUCUGCGACCAGCAUCGAGUUUGGCGGAUCGAGUUGCGUUUACUUGGAUGUGUCUAACGGGAUGGAUUCAUCUAUUUUUCGAAGCGCAUUUUGUUGUCAACCAUGCAGGAUUGGCUAGUGGCCAAAGUUUAUUCGACCAGUUGUGGAAAGAAUACUCUCUUUCGGAUUCUCGUUACUUGACCUCCGACGCGUUUUUGGUCUCUAUGGAGGCUGUGACUGCGUUCUGCUGGGGUCCGUUGGCAUUCUUCAUCGCAUAUUGCAUUAUCGCGCAACACCCUCUGCGAUAUCCCUUGCAAAUUGUCAUAUCAGUGGGCCAAGUUUACGGUGACAUUCUUUACUACGCUACUAGCCUGCUUGAUAUUGAGUAUUGCCGACCGGAGAGAUAUUAUUUCUGGUUUUAUUAUUUCUUUUUCAACUUUAUAUGGAUGGUUAUUGGUUGUUACUACACAUGGCAAGGAGUUUCCAAGAUCUACCAGGCAUUCAGAAAGCUUGAGGAACUUGAAGUCUCACGGAAGGAAAAAUAA